AUGAGCCGACGGCGUAUAUAUGCCGACGAUUCCCGUCGAUAUAGUGGGAGAGAUGCCGACGGCCCAACUACGCAGACCGCCCCCGUCGGCAUAGACAAAGAUUUGCCGACGCCUUCUGUACGCCUACGGCUUUUCCUGGCCGUCGGCUUACCUCCAUCUAUGCCGACGGGGGGCGUCGGCAUAGAAAACGCCGUCGGCAGCGUCAUUUAUUCUGAUAAAGGAAAUGGUACUAAUGCCAAAGAAAAUGGCAAUAGUUCAAAUGCAAACGGUAGUAACCCAAGCAGAAAUGGCAGUAGCCAUGCAAUCCUGCCAAUUGUCCUCCCUGUGGUAACAACACUUGGUUUAAUCUCAGCUAUAUCAAUUUGCACAUGGAGAACCAGAUCCAGUCUAAAGAAGACGGCAAAAUCAUAUACAUCUUGUUCAGAGAAUAUUGAAGAUAUUAAAUCAGUGCUAUUGGACCCAUCAGUAAUAAGAAUAGCAACAAGUAAUUUCUCUGAAGAAAAUAAACUGGGGGAAGGAGGAUUUGGGCAAGUGUACAAGGGUAUGAUGCCAGAUGGACAGGAAAUAGCAGUAAAACGAUUAUCGGAAGGAUCAAAACAAGGCCUUCGUGAGCUAAAAAAUGAGCUAUUAUUAGUCGCCAAGCUUCAGCACCGGAAUCUGGUGAAGUUAAUAGGCGCCUGCCUCAAUGGAGAGGACAAGUUACUUGUGUAUGAAUAUAUUCCAAAGAAAAGUCUUGAUGCCUUUAUUUUUGAUGACGAAAAGCGUGGAAAAUUAGCUUGGGAUACACGAUACAAGAUCAUUUGUGGUAUUGCUCGAGGCUUGGUGUAUCUACAUGAUGAGUCCCGUAUAAAAGUUAUACAUAGAGAUCUGAAGCCGAGCAAUAUAUUACUAGAAAUGGAUAUGAAUCCAAAGAUCUCUGACUUUGGUUUGGCAAGUAUUUUUGAGGGUGAUCAUACAAAGCAUAUCACAAGAAGAGUAGCUGGAACCUAUGGAUAUAUGGCGCCAGAAUAUGCUGUUCUUGGACAUGUUUCAACCAAAUCAGAUGUGUUCAGCUUUGGAAUGAUUAUUUUAGAAAUAAUGACUGGGAGAAGAAACAGUGUAUCCUCGGAAACAAUGAUGGCUGAGCAUCUUUUAACUUAUGUCAGUAUUAUAUUCAGUGAUUUCCUGGUAUGGGAGAACUGGACCAAGGGGACAAAAGCUGAGAUAUUGGAUCCAUCAUUGCAAUACAACAACAGCUCUGCAAAUGAGGUUCUCAAGUGUGUACAUAUUGGACUAUUAUGUGUUCAAGAGAAUCCAGGUGAUAGACCCGGCAUGUCCAAUGUGAUGUUGAUGCUUGUUGGAAAGUCUACUACCUUGCCUGCUCCUUCUAGGCCUGCUUUUCUAUUUAGGUUGAAUGAUGAAAACCAUGCCCAUGGUGGUCUAAAUAACCGACUAGAUGGCUUGAACGAAUCAAAUCCAACAUUCAAUAAUUUGACAAUCACAGAAUUAGAACCAAGAUAG